UAAGAUGCGUUUGUCUUACCCGGGAUGUGAAAAGGGGGCCAGUGCUCAUGUACAAGUAGUAGGUUUGAGGCGGGUUAUUUUGGGCAAAUCUGUGUGUAGAGGCACCUCAAACGGAGAGAGAGAGCGGAGUGGAGCGCACGGAGCAAAGACCAGUCGCAGGGAGGAGAGGGAGAAAGGCGCACAGAUUUCAGAGGCAUUCAGCUGUUUUUUUCCUCCGCACACUGGAUGCGGGCAACAGAUCUGCAUGGCAGGAGAGGACAGAUAAAACAAUUUCGGAUGCUUUUAUGGAAAUUAACACAACUUAAGCAAGCUUGCAGUAAACAGUCGCGUGUUUUUCUUCUCCUCACUCAGAGAGGGAAAUGCCGCAAUUGUAUAAAGCAACCGAACACUUCGUAAGUUAAAACUGGACCUGAUAUCUACUGAAUAUUUUAGCUAUUUUUUAGUGUUUUAUCCCAAUCAACAAUGCAGCCAGAAAAAAUGACCGGGCUCUUUUUGACAAGAAUGUGGAGAGUUCUGGCUCUUUUGGCGCUGGCGACGCAGCACGCCGAUGGGAAGACACUGAAAUAUCAGAUUUACGAGGAGCAAAAGGUGGGGACAGUUAUUGCCCGUUUGAAAGAUGAUGUUGCGGAUGUUUUGGCCAAACUUCCGAGCUCUGUGUCCCCUCGAUUCAGGGCUAUGCAACGUGGAAGCUCAUCUUUCCUCACAGUGCGCGAGCAGGACGGAGAAAUCAGCAUCAGGACCAAAAUUGAUCGUGAAAAACUCUGCGAAAAGAAUCUUAACUGCUCCAUUCAAUUCGACGUGCUGACGCUCCCCACUGAGCAUCUUCAGCUGUUUCACGUCGAAGUGGAAGUGUUGGACAUCAACGAUAACGCACCCCAGUUUGCGCGUUCCGUCAUUCCCAUUGAGAUAUCCGAGAGUGCGGCUGUGGGGGCUCGCAUUCCCCUGGACAGUGCCACAGAUCCCGAUGUCGGUGAGAACUCUCUGUACACAUAUGCUUUAGAGCCCAACAAUUUCUUCAAGAUUGAUAUUCAAUCCAGAAGUGACGGGGUUAAGUACGCAGAGCUGGUGGUGCUCAGGGAGUUGGAUCGGGAGGUGCGCUCCGGUUACGAACUUCAGUACACAGCUUCUGACAGGGGCGUUCCCCCAAGAACAGGUUCAACGAUCCUCAAAAUCAGUGUUGCUGACUCAAAUGAUAACAGUCCGAUUUUUGAGAAGUCUUCAUAUAUCAUAAGUCUCCCUGAAAAUUCACCUGUUGGCACUCUGCUCAUUGACUUAAACGCCACAGACGCUGAUGACGGCACAAACGCCAAAAUAGUUUACUCAUUUAGCAGUCACGUGUCUCCCAAAAUUAUGGAGACGUUUAAAAUUAAUCCCGACAGUGGUCACUUGUCUCUUAUCAGACGCGUGGACUAUGAGACCCUGAACUCUUAUGAUAUUGAUGUGCAAGCGCAGGACAUGGGUCCUAACUCCAUGCCUGCACACUGCAAAAUCCUGGUUAAAGUGGUCGAUGUAAACGACAACAAACCAGAAAUUAGUAUAAAUCUCAUGUCCUCGCAGGGGAAUGGGGACGCAGCUUAUAUAUCAGAGGCUUCUCCUUUGGACACGUUUGUUGCGCUGGUGAGGGUGGAAGACUUGGACUCUGGUUUGAAUGGAGAAGUUGAGUGUAAGCUUCAUGGUCAAAGCUACUUCAAACUACAGAGAACAUACGAGAACAACUACAUGAUUUUAACCAACGUGUCUCUGGACAGAGAGAAGAGGUCAGAGUUCAGUCUCACUGUGGUGGCAGAGGACAAGGGGGCACCCAGCCUCUCUACCGUCAAACAUUUCACCGUGCAUGUUACUGAUGAAAACGACAAUCCGCCACGUUUUGAGAAGGGCCGAUAUGAGAUCUUUAAAUCAGAGAACAAUGCCCCUGGAGCAUAUCUGACAUCCAUCAUGGCCACUGAUCCUGAUCUGGAUGUAAACGGACAGGUGAGCUACUCCAUCUUGGAAAACUUAGUUCAGGAAAGCUCCAUCUCCACCUACGUCACCAUCGACCCCUCCAAUGGCGCCAUCUAUGCGCUGCGCACCUUUGAUCGCGAGGAUGCGAGUCGUAUCUCUUUUGUUGUGCAAGCCAAAGAUGCAGGGAAACCAGCACUGCUUAGUAAUGCCACUGUUGUUUUGAAUAUUCUGGAUGAGAAUGACAAUCCUCCGGUUAUCGUGGUCCCCCAGCUGUGGAAUUUCACUGCAGAUGUUCCUGCAUCAAAGUUCACAGAAGCUGGACACUUAGUAACUGUGGUCAGAGCAACUGAUCGUGACACAGGGGUCAAUGCUGAGCUUAUUUGCUCUAUUGUAAGUGGCAACGAUGAAGGAUUUUUCCUUAUGGACCCCAGAACAUGUGAGAUCCACGCAAAUGUCAGUCUGGAGAACUUCCCCCAUGAGCAUGCUGAACUCACGGUCGUGGUUAGAGAUCAUGGAAAGGAAAGUCUCAGUGCCAAGGCUGUUCUGAAAAUCACCCUCUAUGAGAACUUGGAGAACCACGUACAGUUAAUGGACCAGGGAGAAUCCACCCUAGAUGCGUCUCUGAUCAUCAUCAUCUCCCUGGGGGCCAUCUGUGGCGUGCUCCUGGUCAUCAUGGUGGUCUUCGCAGCGCGCUGUAACCGAGAAAAGAAGGACACCAGGAACUCCUACAACUGCCGGGUUGCAGAAUCCACUCACCAGCACCACCCCAAAAAGCCCUCGCGCCAAAUUCACAAAGGUGACAUCACCCUGGUUCCCACGGUGAACGGCACCCUCCCCAUCAGGGCCCACCACCGCUCACCGUCAGCCACGCCUCCCAUGGACCGAGCCCAGAUGGGAAGCAGGCAGAACCAUCACAGCCGCCAAUCCCUGAACAGCCUGGUGACCAUCUCAUCCAAUCACAUCCCAGAGAGCUUUGCUCUGGAAUUGGCGCACGCAACUCCACCGGUGGAGCAAGUCUCACAGCUUCUGUCCAUGCUCCAUCAGGGCCAGUACCAGCCCAGACCCAGUUUCCGUGGCAACAAAUACUCCCGCAGCUACAGAUAUGCAUUACAAGACAUGGACAAGUUCAGCCUGAAGGACAGUGGUCGUGGAGACAGUGAGGCGGGGGAUAGCGACUGUGAGAUGGGGCGGGAAUCCCCUGUGGACAGGCUGCUGCUGGGGGAGGGCUUUUCUGACCUGAUGCACCUCGAAAUGCACCAUCGACUCCAUCCAGCCAUGAGACUGUGCACAGAUGAAUGUCGCAUCUUGGGACACUCUGACCAGUGCUGGAUGCCACCCCUCUCCUCACCCACUUCCUCUGCUGACUACCGCAACAACAUGUACAUCCCUGGAGAGGAGUCCUCCCAGCAGCCCCAGCUCGAUGAUGACCAGUCCUCUGUUGACUCAGAGAACCGUAAGAGCUUCUCCACUUUUGGCAAAGAGUCUGGAAAUGAAGAGCUGGGGUCCGUAGGAGGAGGAGGUGGAGGAGGUGAUGUGUGUGCAGCUGGAGGAGGGGCGGGCUCCCUUCUCACAGAGAUGAACUCUGUGUUCCAACGACUCCUACCCCCUAAUAUGGACUCUUAUUCUGAGUGCACGGAAACGAGCCUGCCCUCUUCCUCGUCAACUGCUGAGAGAGGAAGCGGACGUGGUGGCAAUAUUGCCGGUAACCAUAGUAACAAUGCUGUUCCUCAGGACAACCGCAGAGGGUUGUUGCCGGGUGGCAAAGGUCCUGCUUAUCCCCCAGGUGUAGCUGCAUGGGCUGCCAAUACCCACUACCUGAACCCAGGAAGUGGAUCAGUGGGGAACAACCAUGUUUCCUCCUCUUCUUCUUCUUCAUCCUCAACCUCCACUUCCACCUCCGCCACUGGACAGCCACCACAUCUAAAAUGGCUACCAGCCAUGGAAGAAAUUCCAGAGAAUUAUGAGGAAGAUGACUUUGAUGGCGUCUUUCAUCAGGGCCACCAGGGUGGCAAGCGUAGCGAGGGCCGCCAUGAGACCGGCAUGGACACGAGUGAGUUGGCUCAUGAGAUCAACAAGCUGCUGCAGGACGUCAGACAGAAUUAGAGGAAAGAAGAGAAGGCAGGGCAUGGUUUCACAGAAUGAUGAAGGAACCUUUUAUCACAUCAUGGUACACAUUUGCUCUUUGUGCCAACAUUUAAAUGCUUGUCUUGUUUAUUUUGACCAAAUUUCCUCUUUGUCUCAGCGCUGAGAGACUAAGAGAAAAGUCAAACAUGGCAUUGAAACUGUGAAGUGACUUAAAGACAUCAAAGCAGAUGCUUAAAGAACAGAUCGCUCAGUUGUUGUUAGUGUUUCUGAAAGUUUUUUGAAUGAGUGAUUCAGAAGUCCACCCACACAAGAAAAGAACUAUCCUUUUUCACUUGUACUGUUUACAAAGGUGUGAACAGAUUUGGAGAAACCAACUGUUGUGUGAUCUUAUUUCAUAUUUUACAGUAUAUAUACUAAACAGUAUAUAUUGUACAGUGUCUGUAGAAAAAGGCAAACUCACUUGAAUAUUGUGCCAUGUCUCCUGUUUUGUUAUUAUGGAAUGUAACUGUAAAAUUUGACUUUGUAUUUUAAAAAUACACACUUUUUUACUUCUAUAUAUUUAUAUGUGUCCAUGUAUGUUUGUACAGAAAAGAAAACAAAUGUCUAUUUUUUUAUAUUCGUCACUGCAUGUCUUAAUAUCGCUUUAAUGUGUCUUUUUCCCCUGCCCUGUAUAUUUUGUAAAACAAUUGUAUUUAAUUUUGUUAUUGAAUGUGUGUGUGUGUGUGCAUAUAUAUAAAAAGAAAAAUAAUCACGUCCCAAUGCAGUUCCAUGUUGGAAGUGGAUUUUGUAUGGUAACAUUGUGACCAGUGGAUGAUAAAUAAAGUGGAGGGAUUCGUAACAAUUUUGACAUUUUCUUCAAUGAGUGCGUAAUUUUUAUUUAUUUUUUUAUUUAAAUAGCAUGUGCUAAUUCCCCUCCUCUGGUUUACUUUCUGAGUGCUUCCUUUUGCCCCUCUGUCUUUUAGCACCUCCUAAUGUUCAGCACCAGAACUGCAGCUCCUGCAGUUUGCAAAGCCAAAUAAAUCUCUCUUGAAACAGACCUUCUAUAGGC